UCCGCGGAACGGACGCGAGACGCACGCCCUCGCGAGACUCGAACACAAACACGACACCAAAUCAAAAAUGAUUAUCACAGGCUUCUAUUAAAAAAAUAAAAAUACACUCAAUUAUACAAUUGAUUUUAUUUUCGUGCAGUGUCAAAAAAAGGCGGGAAGUGCCACAGAUAAAAAUGACUUGAAUUAAAUGAUUGUUUUUUUUAAAGUGCAUUUUUUUGAUGUUAAGUGUGUCUUAUUAAUCGAUGUCAUGAGUUAGAACUAAUCUUAGAUCGAAACAAAGUGAGGUAGAAAAGAGACGAAUAAAAUCAACAAAACUAAUUAGUGAGAACGUUAAUGUGUUUGAGUGAGACGGCGUUAGUGGCACGUGUCCAAGAUGAAUUUGAUGUUUCGAAAGAACUUCAGCACCGAGAAGACGGUCUCGGGGGGAGGUGGCGGGGGGAAGGCAAAAGGGGCACUAGGAGCGGGCAGGAACGCGAAGCGACGGGACCGGGAGCGCUACUCGUGCAUGGAGGAACACCAUUAUAGAACCCACUUGUUCUUCUCAGCACCUAGGGCCAGUACGCAGUAUAACGAUGGCUCAGGUAAAUCGGGAAAACGAUGUGGUCCAGUUAUCGGCGGUGGGACGGGCCCAGAGCCGGAGCCUCCACAGCCGCUCGUCACCCGCGAGCCUUCGGUUUCUCUCAUGCGAUGGGAGAAACCGGCUACCACCGAGCGAAGACGAACGGAACCAGUAUCAUUGGCUACUCUGGAACGAGACUGCUUCGUGAUCCCUGCACACGCUUUAGAGCGGUUCUUGCCUGAUGGUGUACCAUUACCAGUGCCUCCUCCAACACCAGAGAAGGGAAUCACGACAAAAAAUGCCCAAAAUUCGCUAAGUAUUCUCGAGGUCGCCGAUCCAAAGCUUUGUAUAUUGGCACAUUUGAUGAGCCCCUUAGAACCAAUAGAGCCUAUACUAGAAUCUCCACUUGCCAAACCUUUGAUGAAACAAAAAACUGCCGCAGGCGAGUUAUUGAAUGACGUGGCGCAUGCCAAUACAGCUGUCGGAGGAAUGCUACUUGCUAACAUGGAGAGGAACGCGGAAUUCCCAUUCAUAUCUUAUUACGUGAUAAAUACAACACAAACGGAUCCACUGUUAUUUUACAAUAACAUGAGAAGUGCCUCGCUGUCGAAGUUUGAUCCAAAAACGAUUAGAUAUUCGGCGGCUCACACGUUGGACCUUUACAGUGAGGUUGCGAUGAUAUGCAGACCCCCGUUCAAUGAUCUCGCUGGCGGACCAAAGAAAUCACAUACACCUACUACUGGAUUUAUUAUAAGUGUUUAUAAGGUCUUCGAAGGUGAUGAUGGGGAACGGUUCGAACGGAACUGGCUGUACUGGACCGGUGCCCGCAUGAUAUACCGCCACCUGCCACACUCCGUGGGGAUGAGGAAGAUCGCACUGCACAAGUCGGUGGCGGCACACGGCGACAAGAUGUAUCUGUUGGUGUGCGAGUGCGCUAAUUUGUUGGACGACUUAUCCGGCGCGUCCAUGUUAGUAACGGCUCUACGUGCACGCCUAUGCGGGUACACGGGCCUCUACCGGCCGAUCCAGACUUUCUAGUGGAAGGUGACCAUCGCCAGUCUCGCGUUUAAUUGUAAGGUUCGAGGGAGCAUCGUUUAUGGAUUCGAGCUUCAGUCCGAACGCGUCAAUUGUGGAUCUUUGGAUUUAGAUACGCUGAAUAGAUUUUAGAUAUUAGUAGAUUAUUUAAGAGAUUCUUAUGGAAAUUUCAAAGAUUUACAAAUGCUAAUAAUUGAUUUGCGCAAUUUUUAGGGUUUUUGGUGGUUAUAGAUGACACGUAAUUUAACGUUGUUUGAAAUAACAAAUAAGUAAUAUUUUUCGAAUUUAACAUCAACGAAUGUAAGCAUUACAAUAUAGAAAAAAGGUAAUGCACGCGUAGCUAUGUUGUAUUUUCUAGAAUACUUAGUACACAAUUGCAACAUUUUAAAUGAAAAUAUUCAUCCAGUCUUCCUUUUAUUAAAUAUGACAUAUUAUUAUUAUAAUUUACUAAAAUAAAGGUACUGACAGUGAAAAUGUUUAUUUGAAUUUCUGCAGUAGACUCUACUGCUAUUGAAUAAUCGAUAUUAAUUGUUUUUUUUUAUCUGAAAUUUAAAACUAAAUUAAAAGAUUCAAAUUUAGUUGAACAAUUGUAUGUGUUGUUUAUGAUUAAAUUAUAGAGAUGUUACAGUACAUAUGUCUUAUAUUAAAGUUUACAUGUCCAUUUUACGAUUUUUAUCGAAAAGUUAUAACAUUUAUUUUAAAAAAUUAAAACGUGAUAAGUGUUGAUAUUAUUAGAAAUCUAAUGUUAUUCCGUUAUAAGAUGAAAACUACUAUAACUGGCAUUUAGUUGUCUUGACUUUGAAUUUAAAUGAUUAAUUGUCAUAUAAUUAGUAGUUUAGUGCAAAUUUUAUUUGAAAUAUAAAGUACUUUAACCGUUUAAACUGCCACAGUAUUAAGGAUGUAUACCGGAUGUCCUAGUUUUUAACAUAUCUCCGGAACAUAUCAUGAUCAAACAUGCUUUAAUUAACAAAAACGUAUUGACACCAAGGCAGUUAAUUUCUUUAUAACUUAAAGUGCAUUCCAAUAGAAUUUGUAUGAUUUAUAAUAAUUAAAACUUCAAGGUGACAUAAUUUCUCAAGAAAAAUCUUAUAUAUAUUUUUUAAAUAAUUUUAUAUUUAUCGCUUCUUAGUUUAUGUGUAUCGCAGUCUCUACAAUGGCGUAAUUCGUGUAUGUUUUGUAUAACCUGUACCCUGAAUAAUCACGUGACAUUUGGCAUACCGGAAUCCAUAUUCGUACAAUACAUAAUUAAUAUAUAUCUUUAUAAUUAGAAUACUUACCAUCAUUUUAAUUAGGAUACUUAUCAAUAGCAUACGUAUUCGUACAAAUUAAUAUGAAAAUCGAAUAACAUAAUAAAAUUGCGUAGGUACAACUAAAAUAUUCAUGUUAGUUUGUAAGUACCUACCUACAUAAUAUAUAAAUCUGUAUUGUGCGGUAUCGGUUAAUUUUAUACAUAAUAUUUAUAAGCUAUACCUUAUCCUCUUAUUUCAAUCACAAUAGAAAAUAAAGAAGUCAAAAUGUUUGAAAUUAUAUUAAAGUUGUUAUUAUUAAAUCAGUUUUAUAUAUUUAAUAAUUUAAGAAAUAUAUUCUCACCUACUUACUAGGUAAAAGUUUUAUGACACUAAUAAAACUUUUACAUACUUAUAGAUAAGUUUGAGAUGUUAUUUAUGUAUAAAAAUAUUUUUUUUUAUUUAUAAAAUAUAAGUUACUAUAAAUAUACAAUGAAGAUUCAUAUUUAUGGAAGAGUUAUAGAUUAAAAUAUCAUAUGUACCGAGUUUAAUAUAAAGGUCAAAGAAUGUCAAUAACGAUGAGCGAAUUUUACAGAAUUUAGUAGAAGUUAAUUUUUAUUAUCUUAAAUUCAUACUUAUUUAUUAUUAAAUUAUUCAACAUUAUAAUUUCGGUGUCAGACAAUCGUACGAGUGUUUAUUUACAUCACGAGGCCAUAGAAAUAUAAGAUAAAAAGUAAUAUAAUAUUUGUUAUAGUGAAUAUUUUUCAUAAAGGGCACUAAGAGUUCAACUAAAGCAAUACAUUCGAUUAUUUUGCUAUGGUGCUAAAACUAGUCAAUUUGAUAAGUAGCUAGAAGUUAUGGCGUUUGUUGGUUUGUCAAUGAUGGCUAAUGUCUCAAUUUUCUAUAAAUGAGAAGAAUUGGAAGUACUGCCCCACGUUGUUUCACUGUCAGUUGAUGGAUUGGAAGAAGUACAAGAUAUAAAAUGGCAACCAUUAUUUUUAAGUAAGAAAUCAGUAUUACGAGGCAAUUUAAGGUCGAUUAUAGAUAAGUUCAGAAUACUUUCAUAAUAAAGAUCUUUUAACAUUAAAAUAAAAAACUAAUGACUCCCUUUGCCAACUACGCCUUUGAAUAAUUAGAAGAAAAACUUGACAAAUUGCAACCUGUUUUUGCAUAUCUACUAUUCUUAACAUAUUAAGUAGAUUUAACUUUAACCACGAUUGUAAUUCAAAACACAGCGCAAUUUAUUAUUAUACUCUAGAAAUGUAAAUCUGCCUCAAAUAUUAUAGAUCCACAUUAUAACUUAAUACAUUUGUAUACACUGCCAUAACCAUUAAAUUUAUAAUGUUGCCAUGCACUAAUACGAAUUUCAGUUAACUUAGAUCAGCAAAACUUUUUUAAUUAUGUAGGUCUUCAAAAAUUAUGAAGCUUUGAAAUUUAUUAUACAUAAUAGAUUUUAACAGUGUAGCUUUACUAACAUCAACGCUUUAAAUUGUACACCUCUAUUAAAAUUUGUUGGCUAUGACACAAAUGCCAACUAUGUGCUUAGUCUAAGAAAUAUAGAGAGUGCUCAAUAAAUUAUGUUUGUAAUUAAUUUGGCAAUAAUUUUGUGACCCAAAAUGGGGUUGAUUGUACCAAUUUAGGUUUUAAGAACCAUUUAGAAUAAAUUGUAUUUAGCUUCAAAAGCUAGUUUUCAUUAUGGGCAAGGCUCUUACAUAUAGAAGUGUAAAUUUCAACUAUUUUUAUAAUAAAAAUUCAAACAAG